GGGGCUGGGCCAUGUUCAGCGCCCAUCUCAGCAGAAGGGCUUCCGAUGGAGGACCAGCCGUCAGAGGGCCCGGGCCUGGGCCUGCAGCACCCGGCCUUACAGGCAACGGUGAGAUGGAAGUGAUCAGAGUCAUGCUGAUUAUAGUCCUCAGCCUUUCCUACUUUUAUAACUUCUUCCUGGGAUUGGAAUUCACCUAUAUGAUUCCUCAAACUGCGUGCGUCAUCUUCAUGGCUGUCUUCCUCACUUGCUUCACCGGUGUCCUUCUGCUCACCACACUCCUACUGUAUCACAUAAAGCUAAGACAAGGCAAAUCCGUGUACUACUCUAAUUAUCAUCUCACCUGGAACAUUUCCACGGCCUACAUUAGCAUUUUCUUCCAUUUUGCCUCUGGACUCUUCUCUCUCCUAGAGUACCAGCGGGUCAUGAAGAACAGUGCCUCGGAAUCCACCAUGGAAAACUUUGGCCGAGACAGUGACAUGAGACGGCAGUCUGGGAGUUCUAUCCAAGUGAUUUCAUUACCAGAGCGCAGCCCCAUUCUACCCAGCAUUGUCCAGGUGCCCUCUGAUCCAUCCAAGGAAGAUAGGCUCCCGAAGGCCUCACAAAUGCAAAAACGCCGGGUAACCUGGGCCAUGUGACUUGAUCGUCCAUCACUCCUACGUGCUCAUCUCAAUGAAAACCUUUUCCUGUGCCUGUUUCUGGGCGGAUGUGCAACCGCGUUGUCUGUAAAUGACUGUGACCUGGUUGACAUCUGUCAGAAAACCCAGAAUAUGGCUUUAAAAAAAAAAUUCCCUUCCCUGCUGAACUACUUCUUUCUAUUGGAUG